UAACUGGGGCACCUCACUCCAAUCCGCGUCAUAUCAUGGUAUGGACGAUAUUGUGCAACUACUGCUUGACAAAGGGGCCUCGGUAAACGCAGAAGGAGGAGAUUAUGGCACCGCACUCCAAGCGGCGUCCUCUGGUGGCCAUAUUACUAUCAUACAUCUUCUCAUCAAAUAUGGGGCGGAUAUCAAUUUACAGUCGGGCAAGUACGGUAGCGCACUAUCGGCCGCACUUUACAAGAACAAACGAGCCGUCGUGCAACUCCUGCGGAAGAGGGGAGCGAAACUUGUUACCUCAGAUAAGAAUGAAUUGCCCUAUGACACAUCGGUUCUCUCUGCUAGCAGACU